CCAAACCAAAACCGGAAUCGGGCGGCCAUGGGCUUUGGAAUUAGCGUAGGACAAAGGGCAGUAUUGGAUAAGGAGCAGAUGGGACCCAUUGUCCAUUGAAAUUCUGGUCUAGGUGCCUUGACUCAAGCUCCCCGCAUAAACCGCACCAAAAGCAACCUAAACAACAACGCCAAAAGCCCUAACUUUCUGCCUCUCCUGCAUCUGCUGGCUGCAGACAGCACUUUCUCUCCGUCCAAAGACCUCAAGAUUUCAUUGAACCCGAAAACUGGGUCGACCAUCUGACCCGAAAAUCCGAUCCAUGUUGGCCCGGGAUGUUCUUGCAUGUUCUUUGAUGUUUUUAAGGGGAACUGGUGAUUGUGGGGUGCUGACUCACUUCGAUUAGUGGAAUAUUUUUCCAUCUUAUUGGACUUCUGGUUCUCGAUCAUGUUGUUUAGUGCUUAUUAGCUUAUUUGUGUAUGAAGUUUGAGAGGUUUUGGAACAUGGGUUGAUUAUACUCUUGUAUAAUACAACUGCAUAAUUCAAAUCAUUAGUGUUUAUUAUGGUGUAUGAUAGCAGCGAUCAUUUUAUGGUGUUUGGUGUAGAGAAUUGGAGGAAAAUUGGAUGUUUUUAAGUACAUUGUUGAGUUAUUAGAAAUUUUAGAGGUGAAGUGCUUUGUUAAGCUAUCAUUGGAUUCUAGACGAUUAGGACUGAGGCAUCAAUGUCGAUUAAGAGUAUUAUCCAGGACAUGAAGGGGGAGUUGGGGAGUAUCUCCCGAAAAGGGUUUGAUGUUAAGUUUGGGUAUGGCAUGAGAUCGAGGUCACACAGGGUAGUUCAGGAUAGUUCAGUUCCAGUUGAUGCGUUCAAGCAGAGUUGUUGGGCAAACAUGCCUCCUGAGCUUUUGAGGGAUGUGUUGAUAAGAAUAGAAGCAUCGGAGAGUAGUUGGCCUCCACGAAAGAAUGUGGUUGCUUGUGCUGGUGUAUGUAGGAAUUGGAGAGAGAUUAUGAAGGAAAUUGUGAAAACCCCCGAAAUUUCUGGCAAGUUGACAUAUCCAAUCUCAUUGAAGCAGCCUGGGCCAAGGGACUCCCUCCUUCAAUGCUAUAUAAAACGGAAUCGUAGCAACCAGACAUAUUAUCUUUACCUUGGCUUGAAUCAUGCUUCAAACGAUGAUGGAAAGUUUCUUCUUGCUGCAAGGAAGUGCCGCCGUCCUACCUGCACAGAUUACAUCAUAUCAUUAAAUGGUGAUGAUGUGUCAAAAGGAAGCAGUACCUACAUUGGAAAAUUGAGAUCAAACUUUUUGGGGACCAAAUUCACAAUUUAUGAUGCACAGCCUCCAAAUGCUGGAGCCAAAGUAACUAAAAGUCGCUCCACCAGGCUAAUUAACGUGAAACAAGUCUCUCCUCGUGUCCCAGCUGGAAACUAUCCUGUAGCCCACAUCUCAUAUGAGUUGAAUGUCCUGGGUUCUAGAGGUCCAAGGAGAAUGCAAUGCGUCAUGGACGCAAUCCCAGCCUCUUCUAUUGAGCCUGGAGGUGUUGCUCCAACUCAGACUGAGUUCCUACACAAUAAUCUGGAUACCUUCCCAUCACUGCCAUUCUUUAGAUCAAAAUCAACCCGCUUAGAGAGUUUCCUGUCUGGACCUUUGUCUGGCCAGAAAGAUGGAAUGCUGGUGUUGAGGAAUAAGGCACCCAGGUGGCAUGAACAACUCCAGUGCUGGUGUCUGAACUUCAAUGGACGGGUGACAGUUGCUUCAGUCAAAAAUUUUCAGCUGGUUGCUUCUCCAGAGAAUGGAGUUGCUGGGCAGGAGCAUGAGAAUGUCAUUCUCCAGUUCGGAAAAGUGGGAAAGGAUGUAUUUACCAUGGAUUAUCAGUAUCCAAUCUCAGCUUUUCAGGCAUUUGCUAUAUGCCUUAGUAGCUUUGACACCAAGAUUGCUUGUGAGUGAUUUGCAAUCAGGUAUUGCCAGAUGCAAAAUAGUUGGUUUGCAGAGUAAUAGUCAUGCUAUGGACUCGGAAUGUUCUGCUACAAAGUUUCUAUGUACUUUAAUGCUUUCUGGUUUCCAUAUGAGCAGUUUGGGGUAUAAAUUUUAUUUUAGUUCUUUGCUGUACAUAUAACUGUUUGUAUUAUGAGCGAGACAUGAUCGCUACGUUUGUCGCGUGCUUUGCUAACAUAGUUGUCUCUUUGAUCAUUGAGCGAGAAGAAACUAGAAAAUCUGUCUAAUGUCUUCUUGAAUUUGCUAAUGGGGUUUCCCUGUUGGAGACUUUUGUCCAUUUUAGAUGUCCGCUUCCUCAUUUUUCAAAUUGUGCCUGUUAAAUGUUAGUCAGAAAUUCAUUUUACUAACAGUUUGGCAUAAUUGUUGAUAUUUACUGUUCAAGUUCUUGGUUAAUCUUUUGCCUGUCCUCAAGCUUGGGACUUGUUUUUAUGUUUGGUACUGAGGUGGA